AUGCAAUCCCUCAAUCCUCUGUGGAAUAGUAUUGAUAAGUCCAUGGUCCGGAUAGCGUCGCCACCGGGUCUUGGAUUGACCUACCAGCGCUCCAGCCCCAUUCGACUCUCCGUCAAAUGCGUCGACCCAACCAAUGCUGGCGGAACUCGUCAUGAAUGGCAGAGCUGCUGCGCCAUCCUUGCCGGUAAAGUUGCGUCCCUGCAACAGGAUAGCAAGAAUACCUACACGGGCGCUGCCGGAAUUGCCUCCGUGAACGACCACCAGACUCUGGAACUCGUUCCUAUGAAUGGAGCUGGAGCUGGAGCUGGAGCUAAAUCUUCCUUGGCUCUUCCCAAGCCGCUGAGCAUGGCCAACGUCUCAGCGGCGCCGCUGCACGGUUCGCAGCUCCGAGUUGCAUACCGGGGCUUUCCGGGUGCCUACAGCGAAACCGCCGCCGGCAAGGCGUAUCCCAAUUGCGAAGCCAUACCGUGUGAUCAAUUCGAAAUCGCUUUCCAAGCGGUGGAGCAUUGGAUCGCCGAUAGAGCCGUGCUUCCAGUGGAGAAUUCACACGGCGGCUCUAUUCACCGGAAUUACGACCUCCUCCUCCGCCACCGUCUCCACAUAGUAGGUGAGGUUCAGCUCCCCGUCCAACACUGCCUCAUCGCACUCCCCGGCGUCCGAAUCGAACACCUCACUCGAAUCAUAAGCCACCCUCAAGCACUCUCCCAAUGCGAAAACACACUUACUAAAUUAGGCCUCAACGCCACCCGUGAAGCAUUUGACGACACCGCCGGAGCGGCGGAGUACAUAGCCACCAACAACCUCCGUGAGACGGCGGCAAUCGCCUCUUCACGCGCCGCUGAAUUGUAUGGCCUCCAAAUCCUGGCCGAUGGAAUCCAAGACGAUUCAUGUAAUCUCACGAGAUUCGUAAUCUUAUCACGAGAACCCAUAAUUCCUCGCACAGAUCGGCCAUUCAAAACAAGCAUCGCAUUCGCACAGGAAAAGGGUACAAACAUUCUGUUCAAGAUUCUAUCCUCCUUCGCUUUUCGCAAUAUCAAUCUGGCAAAAAUCGAAUCGCGGCCGCACCGGAAUCAGCCAAUCACGGUGGCUGACGUCGGCUCCAAGAAUUUUGAAUACAUGUUUUAUGUAGAUUUUGAGGCAUCAAUGGCGGAGGAGAGGGCGCAAAACGCCAUGGCUGAAGUUCAAGAGUUCACAUCUUUCUUGAGAGUUUUAGGGAGUUAUCCCAUGGAUAUGACUCCAUGGAAACCUGCCAUAGAAGAAUCAUAA